GGCGGAGUGCCUUUGCGCACGGCGUGCCACGUGUGAAGAAUCAAUCAUCGGAACACGUUGCGCGAAACUAUGGACGUGGCGCGGCGCGCAGCCCCAGUGCAGCUCUCUGCUCUUGCGCUUGCCGAGGAGCCCUCCCACGCAGGGCUCCAUGCCCUUCGGCGCGCAGAUGGAAAUACUGUAAGUGGCGCCCUCACCGCCUUCGCUGACGAGGGGGUGAGUGGGCGGAGAUGGCGGAGUAGUCGCCCCGGCCACAGGUAUCACCAUUCCCGCCACUUGCGCAGUUGGGACGUCAACGCCACAGCCGUCACCUCAGCAGCCGCUUCGGCGGCAAACGCGAGCGGCAGGGGCAGCAACAGCAGCAGUCAAAACGUGGCUCGGCCAACUCGCCCGACGGGCGUGCUGCUGCUCCGACAUACGCGCGGAGAUGGCGGGAAUUCUCCCGCUUGGCGCUCGCGGCGGCCGCGGCUGCGCACGUGGCGGUCGGGGUCUGAGGCAGGAGAUGGGUGCGGCGGUUCUGGUGGUGGGCAGAACCGUGCUGCGGGCUCCCUCAAACAGAAGAGGGAGGGGGAAGGGUACACUCGUGGUUCUGACGAAGAUCUCCUUGUAGAUAAUGACGAUAAGAAUGCCACGUCCGCGUCGUCCUCCAGCGGGAGCGAAUUAACCGUAGAUCGAAAAUGGCGGGAAAUACGUGGCGGGAGACGGGCGACCGGAGGCGCGCUUCUGUUAACGGCCGUUAUGGCGGGAGUGCCUACAGAUUGGCGGCGGUUCCUAUCCGCUGCUGAUCAUUCAGCGGAUGCGUCGUCGAUCUCCCGGUCGCCGACCGACACUGCGUUCGCAGCACCUGUUGACGACACCAAAAAUAGUGCCCCGCCAAAUGCCGGCGACGCAGGUUCGAGUCCUCCUCCCGCGUUUGUGGAAAUGGAAGCGCUGAAGGGGAAAGACUAUGGGAAAACGAGCAUGAGAUAUAAGGACUAUACAAUGACGGGCUCGGGAUUGCAGUACCAGGACAUUCGGCCGGGAUCGGGACCGUCUCCGAGCCCAGGCCAGCUGGUCGUGAUUGAUUGGGAUGGCUUUACCAUCGGGUACUACGGGCGGAUCUUUGAGGCGCGGAACAAAGCCAAAGGCGGGUCGUUUGAAGGGAACGAGAAGGAUUUCUAUAGAUUCCGGCUAGGGAAAGACAAAGUGAUCCCGGCAUUUGAGGAGGCGAUCGCGACCAUGAAAGUGGGAGGAGUGCGACGGAUCAUCGUGCCGCCGGGACUUGGUUAUCCCGACAACGAUUUCAGGAAGGCAGGACCGCAGCCAACCACAUUCUCCGGGAAAAGGGCACUCUCCUUCGUGCUGAACAACAAAGGGCUCAUCGACAAAACGCUGUUGUUCGAUAUCGAGCUACUGAAGGUGGUUGGGAAGGAAGGUGGCUGAGGAGGAGGAGGAGGAGGAGGAGGAGAGGAGGAGGGGGGGGAAUAGUUAAUCAUCGGUUGAUCCACUAAUGUGGAUCAUUUGACUGAUUACACGCUAGAUGCUCGAUUGAUCGCUUUGCAGCCACUUGAUUGAUCGAUUCAUGCGGAGAGGAAUAUGUUUGAUGAUGCCUGUUUUUCCGCCGGGAAGGGGGAGGGGGGAGGGGGGAGGGGGAAGGGAGGAGGUUGCUUGUACCAUAGCUGCGCAUGAUUGAUGAUGAUGGAUAGAUUGAUUGAUUCACUGAAUGACGUUUUUUCUUUUUUUUCCCAAUCGUUGAUGGAAGAUCGAUUGUAAUCGAUGAUGGAUGCAUGUUUUAAAGCCCACGAUUUAAUAAUUGCUGUUAUUAUUAGCGAGAAGAAAAAACGAAAGAACCAAAAAGCCGUUGCCGUUCAUGUCCCCCUCCUCUCCUCCCGCCUUCCUCCCCUGUCGCCCAAAUCCCAGAGGUACACUCUGAUUACCUGUGAUCGAUAUAUUACUGUAUGUAAAUUAUCGGACCCACAUUAUCGGGGGAAAUAUGAUCAAGGAAUGUAUAUUGUAAUAACCCUGUUCAGCAGUCGACCUGGGGCCCAAACCUUAGCCCCAGGCCACGCAGUCUGUGGAAGACUGCGCCGGGCUGUGUGACCAACACAUGCCCCGGCCUGAGUAAACUGCGUACGGCUGU